CUUUUGUGCGGGGCAACGAAGCCGUCGCCGCGCUCUCUUCUUCCAAGGCUUACGCAACCUUGACAUUGGCGCGUUUCGGCGGCAAGAAGGCAAAGCCGACGGUGUGUGACCAAGGUCACACCUUCCUACGCAACAGAUGGCCAGCCUCCUCUGGAUAGCGUACAAGAUCGCGCUGCUCUGCCUGGUGAUCCACGCUGAAUGGGCUUCCGACGCCACUGAAGUGGUGAACGGUCGCACAAUAACCAACGUCGAAAGGACCGUUCCCGUGGUGACCACUCGCAGCGGCACCGUCUCUGGUGACACAGUCGAAUACCUGGGCAAGAGCGUGAACGUUUUCCUUGGCAUACCCUACGCUGAACCUCCCGUCGGUCACCUGCGCCUGCGGAAGCCUCUUCCGAUCGAGCCCUGGCCGGGUACGCUAAACGCAACGAAGCGACCAAACCAGUGUCCUCAAAACCCCUUCGGCUGGCCUCCCAUGCCGGGAAAAUCCUUCAACUGCAGCGAGGACUGCCUCUACCUCAACAUAUGGGCCCCAAAGCAAGUGAACGCCGCCGGUCUUCGAGACGUCAUGGUGUGGAUCCACGGCGGUGACUUCGUGUUGGGUUCGUCAAGCUGGGAUUUCUACGAUGGUGGCAUGCUCGCCGCGUACGGAGACGUCGUUGUUGUCUCCAUGAACUACCGCCUCGGAAGACUGGGCUUUCUAAACGCCGCCUCGGAGGAGGCUCCCGGGAACCAGGGUCUGCACGACCAGAACAUGGCGUUGCGGUGGAUUAAGGAUAACAUCGUCUUUUUCGGUGGCAACAAGAGCGCCGUCACUCUUUUCGGGCAGGACGCGGGGGCGGCUUCGAUAGCCAUGCACAUGAUAUCUCCGCUGAGCACGGGACUUUUCAGGCGAGUCAUACUGCAAAGUGGAGGCCCCUUCUGGAAGCUGCGGACUAGUUCCAUGAUGGAAGGGCACGUGCCGCUCAACACGAAGUCGGUGAAGAGGGCUCGCAACUGCACGACGAGAACACGAAAGCAGAUCGACGACGAGUUCGAGAAGGCGCUCGCCGACGCCGUGCUGAGACGUGGCGUCGAAGACGUCUACCACAUGUACGGCCCGACGUUCGACAACGAGCUCCUACCACUGAACCCGCACAUGGCAUUUAGCAUGGGGCUCUUCAACGAGGCUGACGUCCUCAUCGGUUCGAACGUCAACGAAGGCGCGUGGGAGUUCUUACGCCAUAUGAGGUGGAGGACGUUCGUCAAUUCGAGCGAGUUCACUUCUCUGAAGCUGUUGAACUAUAUAAAGUUGUUCUUCAACGAAUACGGCUUCAGAAAGCACUUAGGUUCACAGGCUACAGAGGGUGUGUAUUACUACUACGCGUCCAACUUAAGAGGUCUGGACGUCCUGCACAACAGGGAAUACGUCUUCGAAUUCAUCGGCGACUACCUCUACACCUGUCCGACGAGGUACUUUGCCGAAGCUCUCGCAGACCACAACGCAACGGUUUACUUCUAUCGGUUCAGCCACGCUAUCGCAAGGCAGGAAGACCCAUGUGGGCUUCGGCGACCCACUUCGACGAGAUCCCGUUCGUCUUCGGCCGACCUCUUCGCCACCCCGAAAGGUACACGACCGUUGAAAAGGAGCUAAGUGUCGCCAUGAUGGACGCCUGGGUGUCGUUUGCGAAGAACGGGAAACCAAAGACACCGUCUGGGGAGCCAUGGCCGAAGUACUCGUCAAAGCGGCCGUUGUACCUUGACAUGUCUUCUAAAGGAUUCACCACUGAGACAGGACCAAGAACAGAGGGUUGCUCUUUCUGGAGGACCUUUCACAACUACGAUCUCUGGCGUAACACUGCUCGGAUGGAUUUCUGAUCCUCUUCUAUGCAGCCACGCGCGUCAAGUAGUUCUAGUAGCUCAUCGUCAAACGCACAUAAUGCACAUUUUGAGUACGUAGGGGAGUGAGCUAGAAGUGUCAUGUACAUCAUACUGUUUUUCCCUCUGUUUUCAUCUCUCAUUUUAAGUGUGGUUUGCGAAUGACUCCAAAGAUUUUUGUUUCUUUUAUUUAAACUCGGGCGCGAAACAAAAUAUGAUGAAAGAACAAAAAAAACAUAAUAUUCCCGUCAGAUGACAGGAAUUGAAUUUUCAUUCAUUUCA